CAAUUAUCUCAUUGUUUCUUGUUUCUUGGUCUUGCCAGGUUUUCAUUACUCGAACUCAUCCCUGUAAGCUGUGACGGCAUGGCGAAAAGAUGAUGUCUUUUUUUUUGGUCCUUGAUGUUUCACUACCUAGGUUAUUAAUACUUGAAAAAGAUUGACCGACAUCAGUUGACCAUAACAAGUACAAGUGACACACGCACACACAACCCCGGGCUUCACUGAAUGACUGUUCUGGUUCAUACCUGAACUUUUUUUUGUGGAAUUGUUUCAAGCAGAUGACUGAUAAUUCAGAAAACAAGAUCAAAAUGACUGAUAAUUCUGAAAACACUUCUCCUCCUCAACAAGAACAACGACAAGAACAAGAACAAAACGAAGGUCAACAACAAGAAAAAGAAGCAUGGUACUCGAAGCCGGAAUCCCUAGGUAAUUCCGCGGGCGACAAGAUUGAAAGUGCCUUGUCACCCGUCGGCAAACACGCCGGUCCCGUGUUGGAAAAGGCCGGCGGUCCUGUCGGUGGCAUCGUCGACCCCAUCGUCGGCGGCGUCAUGCGGUCCGGCAAAGGUUGGGGGGACCAGAUGGGCGUCGGGUUCGGGAACGAAGGUGGUGGCCCGGCGAAACAGCAAGAGGCGGAACAGGAAAACCUCAAAAAGGGCCUGGGUGGGAAUGAACAAAACGCGGAGAACCCUUUGGGGUUGUAAAAAGAGGCCUAGGCCGCCGGUACGAAAUGAAACGAACGAGGAUGAGAAGGUGAAAGUGAUGACGACGACGACGAUGAUGAUAAGGAUGAAAGAAUAUGAACGAGGACGAAAACUGGGAUGCGUAAGUGUACGGAAUAUAUAUAUGUAUAUCAUGUUUUGGUAUAUCGGGUACGAGUACAGAGUAUGACGGAUCUUUGAGUAUGAAGAAGGAAAGGAAGGGGGAAAGGAGAUGAGAAGUAUGGCACGAUUCAAUCAAGGGCGAUAGUGUCUAUUGUAUUCCAGGGUCAGGAAUACUUGGGAGUGAGGCUACUUUUAGCUCACAUUUUGUUUUGUACUAUAUAUUGAUAUUGAUAUUGAUAUUGAUAUUGAUAUUG